ACAGACUGCACCGCUAGCGCCUGCGCGCUGGCCCGCCAGCCAAUCGCAGGCAGGCCUCCUUCCUGCUGCGCCCUUUGACCCUGCGCCCCGGCGCCUGGGAAUCCCGACCUGCUCGGCCCAGACGCCGGCUUCCCUGCCGGUUCCCGCUAGCAAAACAUUCACUAUUUUGGAGUUUAAACUAUGUCAUCAUGGCAAAAUUUCGAAGAAAGACUUGCAUCAUUUUGUCACUUUUUAUUCUAUUUAUUUUCUCUCUGAUGAUGGGCUUAAAGAUGCUGAGGCCGAAUACAGCAUCCUUUGGAACUCCUUUUGGGCUUGACCUUCUUCCAGAACUUCAUCCACCGAAGGCCCCCUUGGGAAACAAAGUUGACUUCCAAAAGAGUGAUAGAAUCAACAUGGAAACGAAUACCAAGAAUUUCAAAACUGCUGGCAUGACUGUGAGGCCAACCAAAACCUCUGAAGGGAACCUGGAGGAACUGCCUCCUCUGAAUUAUUUUUUACAUGCAUUUUAUUACAGUUGGUAUGGAAAUCCACAAUUUGAUGGUAAAUAUAUUCACUGGAAUCAUCCAGUCCUGGAGCAUUGGGACCCUAGAAUAGCCAAGAACUAUCCACAAGGGAGACAUACUCCUCCAGAUGACAUUGGCUCCAACUUUUAUCCUGAGUUAGGAAGUUACAGCUCUCAGGACCCUUCUGUCAUAGAAACUCACAUGAGACAGAUGUGCUCAGCCUCAAUUGGAGUCCUGGCCCUUUCUUGGUACCCACCUGAUUCCAGUGAUGAGAACGGAGAAGCUACUGAUCACUUGGUACCAACUAUUUUGGAUAAAGCUCAUAAAUAUAAUCUGAAGGUCACUUUUCACAUAGAGCCAUAUAGCAAUCGAGAUGAUCAAAACAUGUAUAAAAAUGUCAAAUAUAUUAUAGACAAAUAUGGAAGCCAUCCAGCCUUUUAUAGAUACAAGACAAGGACCGGGCAUUCUCUGCCUAUGUUUUAUGUCUAUGAUUCCUAUAUCACGAAGCCUAAAGUGUGGGCCAAUCUGUUAACACCUUCAGGAUCUCGGAGUGUUCGCAGUUCUCCUUAUGAUGGAUUGUUUAUUGCACUUUUAGUAGAAGAAAAGCAUAAAUAUGAUAUUCUUCAAAGUGGAUUUGAUGGAAUUUACACAUACUUUGCUACGAAUGGUUUUACAUAUGGCUCAUCACAUCAGAAUUGGGCUAACCUGAAAUCAUUUUGUGAUAAGAACAACUUGAUAUUUAUCCCAAGUGUAGGCCCAGGAUACAUAGAUACAAGCAUCCGUCCAUGGAACACUCAGAACACUAGAAACCGCAUCAACGGGAAGUAUUAUGAAGUUGGUCUAAGUGCUGCACUCCAGACUCACCCCAGUUUAAUUUCCAUCACCUCUUUCAAUGAGUGGCAUGAAGGAACUCAAAUUGAAAAGGCUGUCCCCAAAAGAACCACUAACACAGUGUACCUGGAUUACCGGCCUCAUAAGCCAAGCUACUAUCUAGAACUAACACGAAAGUGGUCUGAGAAAUACAGUAAGGAAAGAAUGACAUAUUCAUUGGAUCAACAGCUGCCUGCCUUGUAAUGUCUCACUUAGAGUCUAUCAAAUCGUCUAGCUUCAGUAAACGCCUUGUGUUUUAUGUUAUGGAGAGAAAACUAUCAAAAAUCAAUGAGCACUUGCUACUGUUACCUUUAUCAAUUAUUUCAUUUUUAUUCUUUAAAAAAAUUAUAUUAUUUGUCCUACAAUGGACAGUACUGUACAAAGAAAACAUUUGAUGAGAAAAGUCAUGUUGGUAACAUUCCUGAUUGCAUAAUUUUCUGAAUUUCUGACUGCAAUUGAAGUUUUAAUGGAAUUGCCUUUAGGUUUUUGUUUCACAGUAGAGAAAAUGCUUGCAUUACAUAAACCAUCUAACGCACAAGUCAGCUGUACUUGUAUUCUGGGUCCAAAGACAUAGGAGUGCGUACGUGUCAGGUACAUCUGACAACAAAAAUACAGACCUACCUUCAGGUGGUGGUGGCUCACACCUUUAAUCCCAGCACUCUGGAGGCAGAGGCAAACGGAUCUCUGAGUUCGAGGCCAGCGUGAUCUACAGAGCGAGUACCAGAACAGGCUCCAAAGCUACACAGAGAAACCCUGUUGUGAAAAGCCAGAAAAAAAAGAAAAAAAAAAUACAGACCUAAGGACAAUAGACAGAUGUGCUUCAUUUCUGAACACUUCAGUGACUCGGAAAUUUGUAUCCAGUUUCUGGCUGGCUUCCCCGGUGAUCAAAUUCACUUCUCAAGUUUCUUGUGAACACAGACUUGUUUAAAUUACAGGCUAUUCUAUUGUAUUUUUUUAGUCUCACUGUUCACCGUGUUCUGUUAAAGACGGGCUUUGUGCACAGCAUCUGUAGUGUCAUCAUUUGAAGACUCACGUGCCCACGGUACAGAGUGCCUUUGUGUGUGUAAUGCCCAUGGUUCGCUCUGCUGAAUUAAAGACUAGGAACCUUAGGAGGAAGCUUGGUAAAUGUUAGUGACUGUUUCUCAGCUAUGAGGAAACCGUUGUUUCUCAGUCAGAAGGUUUACUGUGUUCACAUACUCUGUUUUGAGGGCAUUUUGUCAGUCUUUCUAGGUCUCGUUUUCUUAUUCAUAUCUUAAAAUUUAAUGUUCACCAGAGACUACUGAACUAAGAAAGGAUAAUGUUAAUAUUAGAAUUGUUUUCCUUUUAAUUUAAUUUUAUUGUAAAUAAUAGAGAAAAUUUACUUACCACUUCAAAACUAGAGAUAGAUCCAAAAUUAUUUUUAAAGUAACACCAUGUUUUUUGAGUUAUGUGCUCAUAUGAAAGUCUUACACUUUUACGUUGUCUAUUGGGUUAAAAAGAAAUUGUCAGUGAUCCAUAGCUGUCAUACGGUUACAAAUUGAUAACUUUUAUGCUAAAAAUAAAUUAUUUUAAAAAUGAAAAAUAGUAAAAACCUGCUGAAUUAAAUAUUUAUAAUUGUAAUAGAAAAAAACAGCUAGUCUACCUAGUUUUACACAAGUGUUAUUUCUUAGUUCUACUGAGAGAGUGAGUCAGUUGAGUCAUGUUAACAAGUACUGCACACCCAAUCUCCAGAGGAUAAAGACAUUCAGAAACAGAUUGGUUCUGGAAGUUAUCAUAGAAUACAUAGCAGAGAGGAGACAUUUUUCGGGGGAGGGAGACUGAUGGGCGAGUAAAAUGCUUUCUCUGUAAGCAUGAGGCCCUGCAUCUGCACACCCAGAGCACAUGAAGAUGAGCUCGCCAGCAGACGUGUUCUUCCACUGCUCCUGCAGAGAGCUGGACAGUGUCCACAGGAACGAGCCCCAAAGUAUUUAAGCCAGCAGCAAGCAAGAGCCUGUAUCAAAAAUGGUGGGAGGAAGGAGCAACACACUCCAUGGAGCCACUCCAUGUCACAUUUAGUCCCACAGUUACUUAUGAAUGUUUGCAGACACACAGAGAAAUGUUUUAAACUUAUUUUUUAAAUAAUGCUUUUGGAAUAAACUCUUUGAAGAGUUAUAGUAACCUUAUGUAUAAAAUUAAAAAUUUCUAUUGAUAGAGAAUUAUUAGGCCAUAGAAAAUUAUGAGAAUAAUCUGAUAUUUUCCAGGAUAAAUUCUAAGAAUAAUAAUAUAGUAAUAUUUAAUAUUACCAAGUUUCUCCAUUGGAAUAAAUAGAAAUAAAACCUGCAGGUUUUUUGCUACUACAUUAGAAAUGAAUAAUCAAUACAUAAUAUUGUAUAGCGUAUGUUGUUUUCUUCAUUCCUUAUGUUGCAUUUUAUAUUUGAAUCUGCCAUGACAGAAAAUGAAUUUUAUGAAACAAUUCUGAGAUUAAGGGAAAGUACAAAACUAAGGCCAAACAAUUGUCAGUAAGAGUUCAAUUCCCACUCCAGACAGCUUGCUCUAGCUCCUGCUGUUGCCGGUCCAUCUCCACCUAUCGAUAGCACUCAGUCAGAAUUUAAUUUAAAAUUAAAUUCUCAACAGAAUCACUCUAACAAAUGACUGAAGUAUCUUUUCAUAAAACUUAUUAGUUGACAAUUAUAUAAAUAAACAGAGUCACCCCUCUGGUUUCCGCAACCAAAUAUUCAACCAACUAAGAUCAGAAAUACUCUGUGAGAAGAAAAAAUCCAUUUGUAUAUAACAACCAUGUUCAGGGUGUUUUAUUUAUGUAAGCCAUACAGUAUAAUCACAAUUUACAUUAUUCUAUGUAUUAUAAAUAAGCUGAGGGCAUUAGGUGUGUACCUGAGGAUCGUUCUAGGGUAUAUUCAAGUACUGUUCCACUUUUUCAAAGGACCUGAGCAUUUUCAGCCAUUUUAUCUCUGGAUCAUGGAGCCAGUUCCACACUAGUUCUGAGGGACAGCUAUAUUAGCAGUUAUUGCUAACGCUUGUUAGAGUAAGGCCUUCAGAGCAUCUUCCCCCCCCCAGAUGUUCCUUAGGUCUACCUCUGCUGUCUGACUGGAAACGCAGCUGGGAUUGCAGUGAUUACAAGUAAAUUUAAUCAAAUGAUCCAGUUUUUACUUUAAAAAAUCUGAAUGUUUGAAAUCAGUCAACUUAAAGAUAUGAUAUGUGUAAUGUUUGGAUUAUAACAUUAUAAAUCUUCUUUUAUAAGGUAUUUGUUUUUGUGAAUUAGCCCAUCUAAUUGUUUAAAUUGUAAAAAAGAACCAGGUCUAUUUCUGCUUUUAAGGAAUAAUUGUAAAAGGCUGCUCUUAUUAAUGUUUAUCUGAGUUGUAUAUUUACUUGUUUACUUUCUUUUAUUUAUGUGUAUAAUUUGGAAGAUGAUUUGUAAUAUGUUAAUUUUUUAAUAAAAACAUAAAUGAAAAAUA